UGCGCAUGCGCAGUAAGCCUGAUUCCUGGGCUAGCAGCAGGUAAAGAGCAACUAGCUGUUAGUGUCGCUGUUUCAACUCAGCAAAAUGCUCAAAUUCCUUCCAAGAUUAUUACUGUUGCUGUUGCUAGCGUUCCCGGCGACUGUCUUUAUGAAAGGCACAUUAGUAGCAGCACAAGAUGUUACAGAAGAAGAAGAAGAGGCAGCUGAUGAAGAUACUACUGAUGAUGUGAUUGCUGAAGACGAGGAUGACGAAGCAGAGGUGGAAGAUGAUGAAAAUACAGAACUGACUGAAGAAAAGGAGGAAGAGGAAGAGGAAGAAGCUCUAGCAGGAGAGAUAAAGCCUUCCCCGAAUGCUGAUACAACCAUUCUGUUUGUCAAAGGAGAAGACUUUCCAGCCAACAACAUUGUAAAAUUCCUGCUGGGCUUCACCAAUAAAGGCAGUGAAGAUUUUGUAGUCGAGUCUCUGGACGCUUCCUUCCGCUACCCUCAGGACUUCCAGUUUUACAUCCAGAACUUCACUGCUCUGCAGCUGGGCACGGUGGUGCCUCCACAGCGUCAGGCCACAUUUGAGUACUCGUUCAUUCCAGCUGAACCCAUGGGUGGUCGCCCCUUUGGCCUGGUCAUCAACCUCAACUACAAGGAUAGCAGUGGCAACGUUUUCCAGGAUGCAGUGUUUAACCAGACGGUCACCGUCACUGAGAGAGAGGAUGGUCUGGAUGGAGAGACGAUCUUUAUGUAUGUGUUCCUCUCUGGGCUUGGGCUUCUGGUGGUUGUUGGAUUGCAUCAGCUUUUGGAAUCUAGGAAGAGGAGGAGACCUGUGGCCAAGGUGGAGAUGGGGACCUCCAACCAUAAUGACGUUGAUAUGAGCUGGAUCCCACAAGAGACACUCAAUCAAAUCAUGCAGAGUCGGCGAGAUAAGGCUUCCCCCAGAAGAUCACCACGUAAGAGGACACAGAAGCGCUCUGCUGGAUCAGAUGAGUGAAGACGGAGUGUACCGCUGUAUGGUGCAUGCUACUGAGAACAGCUUGGCCAUCGUACAGCAUGCCAAUGGACUGGUUGAUACUACACACAUACCAAUACAGUCACAUUUUUAAAAAAUAACAAAUAAGCCAAAAAAAAAGUUUAACAACCUGCUCCAGCCACUGUAUUUUUAUUUUUGUUUGUUUGUUUUUUGACAGUUACUUUGACUUGGCAAGUUUGCUUUAAAUUUGUGGGUGAAUUAAUCACAUGAGUUUUGUUUCUAGAAAGCCAUGCCCCCUAUCCACCUCUUGACAUUGAUUGUCUUCAUGCACACAUAUGCAUAGCUGGGUCUGGGACUUCUUCCCUAAUUUGGUCACUUGUUUUGUGGGCAGUACGAGUGUGCGUCUGCCACAUUUCUAAAAUGCACUGUUUCUUUUUGGGCCGUUUUAUUCUGCCAUUUUGGUAUGACUGUAUGACAGGCAAUUGUAAUAACAGGUUCUAUCUCCCUGAUUGUGCCUAUUUUUCUGAUUCUUCAUUGUCUUUUCGUCUCUCGAUUUUCAGAACGUUCCCAGGCGUAGUAUACAAAUGUGUGUUCGGGAUUGUAAACUCUUCCUAUGAUUUCUAAGAGAACUGCUGGAGUAUAUACUCUGUAGUGCUUGGGAACAGCGUGUUUGUGGAGUCAUUAAUUUCAUUAUUUUUAUAUGUAUAAUUUGUCUUCUGGCAUGAAUUUGGAUGCCCAUAAUUGAUAUUGUGUGCUUUGAAAGCAUAGUACACUACUGUAUGCAAAUGAACCCUUCUAGUUUGCCAGCUUUGCCAACCUGUGGUAUAGCAGCGGUCAGUACUUUAAACAUGUACAUGAGAACUUGCUUGUUGAUGGAUACCUUUUGAGAAUUAUUUCCCCGUAGAAAUGUCAAAGUGAACCAAUUGAUAAGCUGCAACCUGGCAAUAUCUACUUAGUCACGCCUUUCUCUUAUUGGGACUUUUAGCUCUGAUUUCCUUUCCAAUAUUUAAAAAUAAAUCCCAUUUUUUUUGUUGAGCAAAUUGUGCAAUUUGAGACAAGUAUUAAUGAUGGAGAGAAAACACUGAGGUUGUGGGUUCACAUGGAAAAGUUCAGAAAAAAUAAAGAUGGACAUAAAUGUG